CUUUUACAAAGCACUUCCUGCUGUCAGAAGUAACAUUCUUUCUGCACUGACUACAAGGCAGCUUCUCUCAGGUUCUGGUGAUAGCUAUGAUUUAUCCAGGUGUAUACAGAAGAACUCCCUCUCUGUGGUUCAGGUUACACUCUACCUAUGUUAGAAAAAUGCGAUACCUGUUUGAUCUAAAAGAAGAUGAUGACAUUUGUAGGCAAGCCCAGAACUCAGGAACAUUCUACCUCUUUCAUAAUCUUUCUCCAUUCCUGCAGAAAGUUGGGAGCAAGUAUUUGGCCCCACAAAUAAGUGCAGUAGAAAUGAAAAGCACGCUGGGGAAGCUCAAACACAAUGAACAGAUGAUAGAAAACUCAGUGCUGAUCGGAUGUUCAGAUGCAUGCAUGGCAUACUUUGCCUUGGAUCUAGGAUUCUUGGAGAAAUCUGUCAUUGAAUCUGAACUGAAGGGGUCAUUUACUGAGUUACGGAAGGCUCUCUUUCAACUAGAUGGGAAAGACAGACCCUUGUUGUCCUCGGCUCAGGCCCUUCUUCGUUGGCAUGACACCCAUCAGUUCUGUAGCAAAACUGGGCAGCCUACCCAAAAGAAUGUAGCAGGCAGCAAGCGUGUUUGCCGUACCAGUGGAAUAAUUUAUUACCCACAGAUGUCCCCAGUGGUUAUCACUUUGGUGUCUAAUGGGAGCCAGUGCCUUCUUGCCCGGCAAGCAGCAUUCCCAAAAGGGAUGUACAGCGCUUUGGCAGGCUUCUGUGAUGUGGUGUUUCCAGGUGAGACUCUGGAGGAAACAGUCCGACGGGAGGUGGCAGAAGAGGUGGGACUGGAGGUGGAGUCCCUGUGGUAUUCUGCUUCUCAGCACUGGCCCUUUCCCAACAGUUCCCUAAUGAUAGCUUGUCAUGCCAUCGUGCAACCACAACAGACAAAGAUCAGCAUGAACAAACUGGAGUUGGAAGCAGCCAGAUGGUUCAGCCUGGAGGAAAUAGAGGAGGCACUCAAACGGGGGCCUAAACCUUUGAAACAAGAGAAUCAGAGUGUUUCACUUUGUCUGCCACCUAAGUGGGCUAUAGCCCAUCAAUUGAUUCAGGAAUGGGUUAAGCAGCAGGCUUCCAAGCCUGCUUAGGCACAGUAUCAAACCUUUUAGUGGGUAAAAACAAGUGAGGACAUGUUCUGUCAGUGAUGACCCAGCCAGAACAGGUAACAAACCAUUUUAUAUUCAGGUAGGCGUAGGGGCACGGACUUCUACUUGGAUAAGUGCCAGGAACUCAUACACAAAGAGCCACCAGUUAAAUACAAUGCCACAAGUUCCAGUAAAUCUAAAAUACUAAUCUUCAAAAUUCUAGCCCGCCAGAUGUGUCAUCAAACCAGCUACAAGUCUCCACAAUAUAUAUAGCAGAAUAGUCAAAUCCUACAACAUGUGUUUCAUAUAUCCCUCUUGGGAUAAAGGAUUCCAUUCAUUUUGCCCCCUUAGACAUAUCUGAGAUCGCACAAUAGAGCCUCACUCUUUGUUAGUGGGCUAGUUGAGAUUCCAUUUAGUUUUGAUCCUAGUGCUGCUUUUGGUUUUUAUUUUUUGUUUACGAAGUCUGAGAAUAAUGGAAGUGCAUAUUUCAUAAGUUAGCUCCUUCCAUUGCUCCCCUGUCCCAUCAAGUCUCUCACUAUCCUCAUCUUCAUAUAACCCCCCUCUCCUGAUUUUCUAUACAUUCACACAUGGUUGUGUUAUAACAGUCUGACAUCUGGCUUUAAAAUAUAACUUACUAUAUCGCUGCUGGUUUAUUCUUUCCCUGCAUUUGUGGUGCCUGGAUUUCCUCUUUCUGGCUUACACUCAUCAUCCUUUCUUUCCCAUCUUGGAAUAAAGGGGAAUUAGGAAUAAGAUAGAGAAUAGGUGCAGCUCAGUCUUGUCUUCUCAUCCUGAUUUUGUUGUUUUGUAGCCUGCCACUGCAACCUGUUUUUCCUACUGUACACACAAUUCUAGUUCCAUACAUCAACUUCUCUAUUCCUCGCCCCCCCCCCCCAUCUACUCACCCCACAGCUACCGAUUGUGGAGAGGCAAACUGUGACUAGCUCAGGGCAGCACAAGGCAAUGGCAAGAAGAAACAGAGUGUCUCAGACAGAUGACAUGAAAAAUUCUUGAUUAAGUUAAGUCCAUGUCACAACUCAAAAGAAAAACAUGGUUUGGUGUGCCAAAAAUGUGGAAAUAUUUCACAACUUCUGCAGCCUUUGGGGAUUUAUUUUUAAUGGACAAAACAGGGUGUGUACCUCUUCAGUAUCUUUCUCUAAGUGUUAUAUAAACAUACAUGGUAAAUAUGUUUGUCACUGAGCCACAUAAUGGUCUAAAAGAGACAUAUGAUUAUGUUGGGAGUAUGCUGAUGUAAGGUUUCUUCAGUACUGAGCAUUCCUCUGUGUUGUUCUCAAAUUAAGUUUUUACAAUUAAUACUUCCAAAUGAGUUUUAAUUAGAAGAGCAUAAACAUACAAAAGUCCAUUUUUCAAUGCCAUUAAAGAAUGUUUACAUUUACACAAAUGGCAUGGUUUAGCUUCCCAUCACUUUAAACUUUGCUGCCUCUGAGCCUUUUCAACUUGCCGUCAAAAACUUUAUUUAAUGGAACUUAAUUUCAGUAUUAGGGGACUACCAAACACAGGAAUCUGAAGGUCAUCGUUGCUUCUUCCACCCUACUGCCAAACAUGAGGGGAGAAGCUGUGAUACUCCCCCAUCUCCACAGUGGCUGAUGCUGAAGUUGCCCUGUUCCCCCUAGAGUUCAGGAUGCUCCUCAUUGGCCAGCUGGCUUUUCAGCUCUAGUUCUAGUAGAGCAAGCCUCACACUCAGAAAUCUUGGACUUCUUCAGCCACAUCUUUGUCUCUCUGAACAGACGUGACUGCCUGUGUAUUUUUGCUCUGCCAGCCCACAAGCAAGAAAAAAAAGUUUUUUUUUCCAAAAGGGAGUCUUUGGCAUGCCCCACUCCAGGAACAGAGGAUUCACACUUGCUUUAAAAGUACUGAUGAUGCAAUGUGACUUCGGCAAAACCUGCAUAUACAGACAAGUUGACAAAGCCCUAAAGAAGAGGGGCUCAUUUUCCCUUCUAGUGAGUUAGGAAACUAAAUUACCACUUAAUGGCUGAAUCACUUAAUCAUCAUCCAAGAUUGGACAUCUUAAUAGGAAUUAGAAUAUUGUAGGCUGUCUAUGAUUCUACUAGAGCACGUGUUUCAUCAAGAGUAGUGAAGACACAUUGUUUACCUUCCUUCCUGAAAUAGCAAGCUGGCAUCUAAUUCAUCCAUUCAUGCUAGAUCUGUCCCCAGACUUCAGGCUACAAAUAGGGAAAUUAAAUUUUCAGAAGUUCUACAUAAACAUUUCUGCAACAAAAGCAGAUAUUCAGCUGAACCAGAGAGUUUUAUCACAUCCAAAAUACAGCUCUAUUA